AUGGCAACCGCAGAACAUCUAACCAACCUUACCGAUCUAGUCCUCGGCAACCUGCGAGAUCAGCAUGACUGGACUGAUGUCGAGGUUCGGAGUGACGGGAAAAGCCGACAGCGUCCCAUCAUCACCGGCCUCCCGCCUAACAGGCUGUACAUGCACCCAGACGAACAAAUUGAGGUCUUGGAAAUGGAGCAGACCGCCGGCAAGCGCUCGAGCCAGGCCCCCGAGUAUGAGUGGGUUCUCCCAGUGCAUCUGGGCGAACAAUGGACGCUGAGUUCUUUUGCUACAAUUUUUGACUCCAUCGACACUCUGCCACGAGAACUCGAUCCAGCAAGCACCAUCGAUGGACCCCAGAAGCGGGAUUGGCGUGGCACAGAUCGUCAAAAGAGACUACUCCUUGCCGUGGUCCACGACGAUUCGACCGUGUCUUAUUACCUCAUUCACGACGGUAUCGUCAAGCCAAGACAGAAUUAA